UUGCUACUUCUAUAUAAAAGCAGCCGGACGAUCGCUAGGCAGACGUACGAAGCGCGAAGAACUGUAAAGGCGAGGAAAGGGGAUUGAGCGUUAGCACCAGGAUUCGAUCGAUCAGAUCAAGGCGGCCCGGAAAUAUGGCAGAGUAUGGAGGAUAUGGAGGAGCUCCGGACACGACGGCAGCGCCGUACGGAAGUGGACCCGAAUAUUCGAGCUAUGGCGGAGGACGGAUGGACGAGUCCGAGCCAAGGGGCUUCUUCCACCACGACAAGAAGCCGGGGCACGAGCACCACCACGAGCAGCCCCAUCGCUUCGAUCAGGAGAAUGUAGGUGGUGGCUAUGGUGAGCAGCAGCAGCAGAGUGGCUAUCACAGCAGACCAGGCGGCGGUGGUGGCAGCGCACACGAAGAGGUUUUUAAAAUCGUCUGCGAGGCAAAUCCCAGCUACUAUCUCACUGAUCGCGGUGGAGAGCUCGUGCUAGCACCUGGAAACGAAUCCAAUCCUCAUCAGCAAUGGUACAAGGACACAAGGCACAGCUCCAAGAAGGACAAGGAGGGCUUCCCUGGCUUCUCACUCAUUAACAAAGCGAGCGGCUUAGCACUUUAUCACGACGACAAGAAAGAUAAAGUGUAUCUAAAACCAUAUGACGCCAAUGACACAAACGAGUCUUUCCUGUGGAGCCAAAGCGCGGAUGUCGGGCAUGGCUACCAGUGCAUCCGUCCAUUUACAGACGUCCACCUCAACCUGGACGCUUAUCGUGGCGACAAAGAGCACGGAGGUGUCAAGGAUGGAACGAACGUGAUCUUGCACAAGUGGAACAAGCAGGAAAAUCAAAAGUGGAAAAUCCUACCGAUAACUUCUACUGGUGCUUAUGGUGCUGAAGCGCAGUCUUAUGGUACAAGUGCUGCCUAUGGUGGUGGACAAGGCCAGUCUUACGGACAACAAACUGUAAAGCUUUCCUGCGAAGCGAGACCAGACUAUUACGUUACUGUUCGCGGUGACUCUGUGGUUCUCGCCGCUAGUGAGGAAUCUGAUCCAAGACAGGAAUGGUUCCAGGACAACAAGCUGGCUGCAAACAUGAAAGACGAGUCAGGCUCGCCUGCGUUCGUGUUGAUCAACAAGGCCACACAGAAGGCACUGCAGCAUGGAGAAAAAGAAUUUGAUAAGGUGCGAGUAGUGUCCCUUCACGGCGACCGCCCCGACGAAUCGGUGCUGUGGACGCUCAGCGCUGACGUUGGGAAGGGAUACAGAUGCCUGCGCCCUGUUGGAAACAUCCAUCUGAAUCUGGACGCGAGCCACGGCGAUGAGAAGCACGGUGGCGUUCACGACGGCACGGAGCUCAUCCUCUUCAAGUGGCUGAAGCGGGAGAACCAGAAGUGGCGCCUCACGUACGUGUAAAUACUAGGAACUUUGCGAUGUUAAUAAUUAACACUACUGUAAAUAAACGUUUGGGUAAGUAAAGUGAAAGAAAAAUUUCCUUUUUUC